UGGAUUGGUCGUGGCUCCAUUACAAUUCAGCCGUACCCUAAUAUCGAAGUGAGCACUGACAAAACUUUAGAAUGUAAGACUGAUACAAUUCCACUGAAGUGUUGUAUUCAGGUGGUGUAUCAAGUGGAAUGGGGCACAGCUUGCAGCUCACCUUCAACAGACCCAACAACAGGCUGCAUAUUCUGUAACUAUACAGUUAACCAACAGCAGUGUAAGACUAAUGACCAAAUCGUACAAGUCUCAUGCCAACUCAAAACUCCCAUCAAUGGAAUUACAAAUCCAUCUUACAACUCAAAAAGCAUUACACUAAAUAUAAUAAACAAACAAUUUGACUGCUUUGAUUCUGUAUUUGGAGCUGGAAUUCAGGGAGACACACACAACGGAGACUGUGCUGAAAACAUGGAUGGCUAUCAAGUAGCUCAGUGUAAUGCAAACCUCUGGAACACCAUAGAAGACCACUGUGUCUUGCUUAUUUUUGUCAUUUUAAAAGAAGAAGCUAAGACUGUACCCUUGGAAAACAUCCCACAGUUUAUGUUCAACAUCAGCAGUAAUGCUACAUCAGAGAUUAAAAACAUUGUUGACUCUCCAGAUACCAUAUUAACACUUGUAGAAACACUGACAACCAUUUCCAGUCGCUGUCAAGCAAUUUCAGUCAAUCAACCAGUUAUGACAAAUUUCCUAAAAAUAACUGAUGUCAUUGGAUCAGAAGGUGCAAUAAAUACAUGGGUGAUUUUAAACAAGAACAGUACAACAACGAAUGCCAGUUCUGUACUUCUGAACUCCACUGAAAGCAUUGCACGCAGACUUUUGGAUGAAAACGCCAAUAUAACAACAAACUUCUCUUCUUUUAAUAAACUGACAUUUUCUUCCAUUAACAUCUCCUUUUCUGGAACAUUUGGGAAAAAAUCAACUACCCAAAUAAAUAUUCCCAUGACUAAGACCAAGACGUCUCUCACAGUCAUAAUAUCUUCAGUUUUUAACAACAUCUUACCUGUUCGAAAUCUGACCUAUAACAGCGGUCAGACUGGCACCAUGAUCAAUGGAGACGUAGCUAUGAUUGAGACAAACUCAUUAAUUAACAACAUCUCUCUCUCUUUUGAUGUCAUAAAUAAAGCCUUGGGAAACCCUCAGUGUGUCUUCUGGAACUUUAAUCUUCUGAAUGGUGUUGGUGGAUGGGAUUCGACUGGAUGUCAGUUAAAUCUACUUGGGAAUGAAACUAAAAGAUACACAUGUGAGUGCAAUCACACCACCUCUUUUUCAAUCCUGAUGUCACCAUUUAUGCUGGAUAAAGUCCAAGCCAUAAUCUUAGACUAUAUAACCUACAUUGGUGUUGGCAUUUCAAUGGGCAGCUUGGUUUUGUGCCUCAUCAUUGAAAUCAUCAUAUGGAAAUCAGUGACACGAAAUGACACAUCCUACAUGCGCCAUGUCACCAUAGUCAACAUCGCUGUCUCCCUCCUGAUUGCGAACAUUUGCGUCAUCAUUGGAGCAGCUGUUGUUAAACAAGAGGGUCCCUGCAGUACAGCGACGUUCUUCAUGCACUUCUUUUAUCUUGCCCUUUUCUUCUGGAUGUUGUUGUCAGCACUUUUGCUCCUCUACCGCACCCUCAUGGUCUUUUCCAGAAUGACCAGAGGAGCAAUGAUGGCCAUAGGCUUCACUGUCGGCUAUGGAGCCCCGUUAAUCAUAGCUGUCAUUACUGUGGCAUCUACAGCUGGAGGCAAAGGAUACAUUCAACAAGGUUACAAUUGUUGGCUGAACUGGAAUAAAACAAAGGCUCUCCUGGCAUUUGUGAUUCCUGCUCUGACGAUUGUAGCUAUAAACCUGCUGGUGCUUAUUGCAGUUCUGUUUAAGAUGUUGAGGAGAGGAGGUAAUGCUUCCACUCAGCCAGAUGAGAAACAUCCCCUAGUGGUCAUUGCUAGAUGUGUGGCGAGUUUAACACCUCUCUUUGGUCUAACGUGGGGAUUCGGCAUUGGGACCUUGGUGUCACGGAACUUUGGGAUUCAUGUAGUGUUCGCAUUCCUUAAUUCACUUCAGGGUUUCUUUAUUUUGGUAUUUGGAACAUUACUGGAUAGUAAGGUCCGAGAAGCAUUUGCAGGAAAGUUUUUACAGAGGAACCUAAGUUCUGGCCAGACUAGGAGUACGACUGCAGGACCAUCAUCCUCAAGUGGAUUUCCUUUCUUUCAAAGACUACGGCAGAGAAAUGUUUAUAAUAUAUCAAGUGGCAGCAGUAUGUCUUCAAGCAACUCAGAUACAUCUAUUUGACACCUAUAUCUAUAUUGUCACAUAACUACUACUAUUAUAGUAAUCUACUCAAAUUUAGCAUUUUAGCAAUAAUGCAAUUUUGGGGUCCAAUAAACAGGCUGGUCUUAUACAGAUACAGUAUAUGCAAUUUGUUAAUGGUUAAAUUAAUUUUAAGAGUCAAAGGGAAACAAAUGUUGCUGCUGAAAAAGUGAAUUGAAGUCAAUUGCCAUCAUUAUAUCACCCUUUAUACACAUUCUGUCACGGCCACUUCUAAGGAUCCUCCAUCGUCUCACAUGGACCUCUACAACCGAAGCAUACUUUUUUUGUUUUAGCUUUUGUGUCUUGGAUUGCAUUUUGGUUGCAUGUCUUUCUUCUUGACAUGCAACUUGACAUUGGACUUUGUCUGUUUAAUAACCUGUAAAGUUUGGAUGUAGGAUUUUGUCAUUGGUGUA